CGUUUCGUUUACGUACAAUAUCUGAGAAAUUUGAAAAUCGCGCCUUUGACAAUGCGGUGACAUUUCUACCAAUAGUAAUUACACUUUUCAGCAACAGGUGGCGUUCGUAUGUUUUGAUGGACAAGUUUUGGCAUAUCGUGGUUCUGCGACUUCGUGUAAAGUGGCAAAUAUGGCCUGGGCAUCUCCAAAGCCCAAGUAUAUAUAUCAAUUGCCUUACAUACCGCAACGUGACCUGGCACUGAUUUUGGAUGACAAUAAUCAAUGGAAAGAACUUGGUGACUUCAUGCAGUAUAAUGUCACCAGGCUGAAUGAGUUUGGAAGGAAUUUACAGUCACCCACAUUGGCAAUGUUUUCAGAUUGGGGUCAGAAAAAUCACACCAUUGUAGAACUCUUUGUUUUGCUUUCUAAAAUGCAGCAUUACAGAGCCCUUGAAAUAUUGAUGCCCUAUGUUGAUGAAAGUUACCAUGUCCUAUAUAGGAAUGGAGAAUUAAAUCUUUCAAAAUUGCUAAAAACUGAACUAGGUGCUGGCCCGGGAAGCAAUGGUGAAGCUACUGCAGCCACAGUGAGUAGUCCUAAUGGAGCAAAAGGAUCUGUUGAUUCUUGCAAUUUUAAUUCACCAGUUAGUGAAAGAGCUUUUCCUUCAAAGCUGGCGGUGUUUGAGAUAGGUCAGCCCAGUACAAGUAGUAGUAGCAAACCCAUACCAAUGAACCAAGGGGAUUUGACUAGAAGCGAAAAUAUUCAAGCCUCCUGGAACCCCGUGUCACCUGCCCAGGCUCCGAAUCCGUCACCUCAACACGGGCCCAUCAAUGGAAUUCUUCCGAGAAGGGACUCGGAAAGUUCGGCCUUUAGCGAUGCUUCGUCUGCGUCAGCUAUGUCAAACAUCCCACCCAUCGACGAGCAAGAGUUGUCAAUCGCAACCAACCAUUGGAACACAGUUUCUAUUCUUGGUAAAGGAGGUUUCGGUACGGUGUACAAAGGAACGUGGAAAAAUACGCAAGUUGCCAUCAAAAGGAUGGAAAAUAAAGGUUUGGCUGGUGCUAACCUCAUCCCUAUGCAGCAGUCAAUGGGUGAACUCCGCAUCUUAAAUGCCGUUCGGCACGAUAAUAUCUUGCCUCUGUAUGGCUAUUCGCUGGGAGGAGAUUAUCCCUGUUUGGUUUAUCAAUUCAUGCCCAACGGAUCACUGGAAGAUCGCCUUUUAUGUCGACAAGGUACCUAUCCGUUGAAUUGGGAACAACGCUUCAAUAUUGCCCGGGGGACGGCUCGUGGUCUGCAGUUCCUUCACACUAUGGGAGAUAAACCGUUGAUUCAUGGCGACAUCAAAAGUGCCAAUAUUCUGUUAGACAAGAAUUUCGAACCGAAGAUUGGAGAUUUCGGUUUGGCUAGGGAAGGUCCUCAAACUCAGUAUACACACAUCAAAGUCAGUCGUGUUCUUGGUACGCGCCCUUAUUUACCGGAUGAAUACUUACGAGGGAAAAAGAUAUCGACAAAGGUUGAUACGUACAGCUUUGGGAUUGUCUUAUUCGAGUUAGGCACUGGCCUUCGUGCUUAUGAUAGUCACAGGGAAUACCCUUAUCUGCGAGACCAAAUAGAGAACAGUGGUCAAAUAGAUCUGCGAGAUGUGAAAGCUGGUCAGGUUUGUGUAGCGUUAUAUCAACCACUCAUGCAUUUAGGGUGGUUGUGCGCUUCUGCCAAAGCAAAAGAGCGACCCGAAAUGGUUAAGGUGCUCCAAGAUUUAGAUCAUUUGGCAUCGGGUACCGAGCUUUACAUUAGACAAAGCACAGCCCGACUUCCUCGAGCUGUUGAGACCCCCCCAGUUAGGUUGGCGAGGGAGAAAGAGAUAGAAUUCUUGUCUCAAACUCCAAGAGAUAAGGAGAUAUCAUUCUUACCUCCAACUUCAAGAGAUAAAGUGGUUCCCUUUCUUCUUCCAAGUCCUGCCCCUCAAAUAGAAGCUUCUGUCGAGCCUUUUGCCGUACCAAUAACGAAUCAUGCAUCUGGAAUAGAAAUUGUGCAUCCAAGCGCCCUUCCAUCUCCUGCCGUAAUGAUAAAUGAACCUGAAAUUAUCCCAGCAUUCGAUCAGUUGGUUCUGUCAAGAGACGUAUCAACAGGUCUUUGUAGUGUUGCAUCCGAUGAAAUCCCAAAUUUCAAUUCGCUUUUAAAUGUGGAGUCAUCUUCACAGACGGUAAAUGACGAUCACGACAGCAACAAGAGUAGCUCCGGAGAUAGCUCAGAGACGAGUUCUGACAGCACUGGCGAGUUGGAAACCCAAGACCAUCACAGCAAUAUAUAAUAUAUAACCGACCUCGAUCCAAAUUGAUUCCGUAAAAUAUUAUGGUUAUUACGUAUUUGAUUCAAAUGUGUUUACAGGAAACUGGGAUCUAUAAAAAAAAAAGGGAAGGCCCGGGGAGAAAGGUGUAAUAAUUGAUAAUAAAAAAAUGCCUAAAAUCUGGCCGCGUUUGUUCAUAGAGGUCGCGGCGUUUUGACAAUUAUCAGUGAUGUCUGCUGCCGUUACAAAAUUGAAUGCCUGAAAUGUGCUGUAAACUUUCGGGGUUGUUAAUUUUAUUAAUGGUUUGUAACAUGCAUUCAAGUCUUUAAACGAUCGUGAAACCUGUUUCUAAUUGCCUUGUGGUGUCAAUACAUUUUAGUUCUGGUGCA